GGCUGGGACUCACUUUGCAAGUCAGAUCAUCCCAUUGCUUUACAAACGCGAUGGCCGCGACAACCGCAAAUCCAUACAUAGGGGUGAACACCCCGUGUUCGAUCAGUGUGUCGCCGUCACCUGACAGUCCAAGUAUGCAGGUCCCGGUCUCUCAAACUGUACAGUAUCAUCGGGAUAUGCCCGAAAUGAAGUACAUGCCACCAGUGCAGCACCAGAAUGGACAUCCACUGAGCCAUCAUCAUUCACAUUGGGCAAGUGUAGGCUUACCAACGCACGAUACUAGUCACUGGAGCUCAGGUAUGGGCCAUCACGGAGGGUUACAGGAUAUGAAACCCAUCCAAGAUCACCCUGGGACCUUACACCACCGACCACCACAGCAGAUUCACCCAGCUCACAGUUGGCAUUCACCGGUAACGUCCAGCCACCUGAACAUGGGCAACGGUUCACCGCAGCUGCAACAUCAUGGAUACGGAGGAUUAAUGAACGGUAUGCUGUCACCAAACCAACAAAUGCACCCAGGACUCCGGGAUGGACCCGAUAUGGACCCUCACGAUCACUCGGACGAAGAUGCCCCGACUUCCGACGACUUGGAAGCAUUCGCCAAAUCAUUCAAACAACGGAGGAUUAAACUGGGCUUUACGCAAGCUGAUGUGGGACUGGCCUUAGGAACUCUGUACGGUAACGUUUUCAGUCAGACUACGAUAUGUCGUUUUGAGGCUCUUCAGCUCAGUUUUAAAAAUAUGUGUAAAUUGAAGCCUCUUUUGCACAAGUGGUUAGAGGAGGCGGAUUCGACCACGGGAUCACCGACCAGCAUCGACAAAAUUGCAGCUCAGGGCAGAAAACGUAAAAAGCGAACGAGUAUCGAAGUUACUGUGAAAGGAGCGCUUGAGAAUCACUUUCUAAAGCAGCCGAAACCAUCUGCUCAGGAGAUUACGCAACUUGCCGAUUCGUUACAGUUGGAAAAGGAGGUAGUUCGAGUUUGGUUCUGUAACCGGAGACAAAAGGAGAAGAGGAUGACGCCGCCUAGCAUUGGCCCUAACGGUGAGUUGCUUCAGAUGUCUGAUUCUAAUAGCCCUAUGCACGGGAGUCCAAUUCACCAUGGACAUAAUGCUAACAGCCCAUUACAUUCCGGCAGCACAGGGUCCCCCCUCAUGACCCAAAGUCACAAUUUAAUACCUCAAACGUUGACCCAGUCUUUAGCCCAAGUUGGGCAGACUCUUUUAUCACACCACCAGACCUCUCCACAUCAUCAUCACAGUAGUCAUCAUUGACUAUGUGACUUUGACAGUGAACUUUUUAUUUCAAAUCCCUAUGAUGAGUAAAAAACAUUCCGAGGAACAUUCAGUUUUGGACUUGGGGACAAUGUGCAACUUCUCACACCGGACAGUAUGUGUUGGACUAUGAGUGUCUGUUAUCACCGGUCUGUUUACCAGCACAGGCUAACAUUUCUUUGAUAGCUCCUCAUGCUGCAGGCGGAACAGCUUGGUCUUCAUGCCGGGACACUGAAACAAUAUUGUAUUGGCCAAAUGCCUGUGCUCAAACCAAGGCCCUGCAGCAGUUUUCCGAAUAUCAUAAGACGAGUAUUAUGUGUUCCCACAAUGCCUUCUUAUUCAUGGAGACAAGCGUGGUAUAAUGGAGCCAGUGUGGAUUUCGUUCAUGGAACUCGAAGUUGGACACUUCCUACGCACUGAUGAGCCAGGAUUGCACCCCUGCGUCACCGGAACUCUCCAGGCCUGAGAAGGAGGUAAAGUCAUGCCGCAUGGCACAUUGUCUGUUAACUGUAUAUUGUUUACUAGAGAACACAGGGUAAAUUGCCGCUGUAUACAUUAUUCAGGGCUAUCAAACGGACCCAUGUAAAUUCUACAACCACAUCCUUGGUUACAAUGUAUAUAGUUGGUCAAUUUCCACGGAUCUCCUCGUAAUUAUAUGAAAUGGUUCAAAAAAAUGUCCAAUGUUGAUGCUAUUCCACGCUGCACCCAAACAGCGUGAUUGUCAGUGCUGAAUGAGAUAUUUUUCUCUUAUGAUGCACUGUUUAGCCAUGCCAAUAUGACACUAGUCAUAACAACGUAGUGGGGGAAAUUUCGAUAGAGUACAUGAAAAGUCUUGAGAUAUCAGGACAGAACAGGCCAACUUUGGAUGCUGGCCACUGCAUGAAGCUUGAAAAAAGCUCAGGGUUGUACUUCAACCUACCCUGGCAGCCCUGAGUCAUUUUCAUGCAUUUUGAGUCUAAAAUACCAGCUUUGGCAUUUGAACGGUGUGUAAGAUAUUUUUAUACGAAUGUGCAAUAUUACUAACCUAAAGUCGAUUUCCGUUUAACCCUGGCAGAAACUUUACUGUGGGUGCAGACAAGAUUUACCCUUUUAUGAUUUCGUGUAGUUUAGUGAGCUUAGUUUUACAAUAUUUUCUCAUUUCCUCAACAUGACCGUCGUUGGGUUAGGACGUGUUUUUUUCAAAGCAAUGCUGCUAUUCGAUAAAAUGUACGAGGCGAAAAGUAAAAAAGUGAACUUUUAUUUCUGUUUAUAAAAUUUGACAUGUAUGAGAAUUCGAAUAUCAUCUGCUUUCCUUGAAUUCUCCUAAACGUGUUGAAUGAUGGAACAUACAUGGACAACAAAGUCUGAUUUUUGGCUGCCGAAUAUACCAGACAUUUUAGCUGUUUUGAAAAAAUGUCAUCGAGAGGAACAGAUAUUUCAAAUUUGAAUGAUAUUAUCCAAAUGUCCUUUUAUGCGAUACGUCAUUACGGAAACUGAGUUAGUACGCCAUUUAGAAAGUUUUAAUUGGUAUUUUGUAUGGCAUCACAAAAAGGCGUUGCGGGUGUGAGGCACCUCGCUUGCAACAGCUCGCGACGGUUAAUCAUAGGUUGUGAUCAUGUUGAUUGAGUCAUGCGGGUACUGCUGUCAUCAAAACGUCAGACGCCACCAGAAGGCUAGUCAAAGUCAAAUAUCACGUUUUAAUCUAUGAAAGACAAUUUUGAUGGUCAUUUGAACAUUGUGAAUGGUAGCCUAAUUCGAUAAAAAAAUGUGUAACCUCAACCGAAAUUUGCAACACGAAAUAUAGUGGUAACUUCCAGUCGUGAUUUUUCAAUGCGUGAAUUUUUUUCCCGAACAAUUGUCAAAAGUGACACUGAAAGACUCAGUUUCAGCACUUCCCCUGCUAUUGCAGCUGUAGCCUAAAGUGGUGGUGGGAGAUGAAGAUUCUUCGUUUUGCCCUAAUAAUUCUUUCAUAUCAACGUAUGACAACGUUAAGGUACAGUUCUUCCUACAUUCACAAAUGCUUUGAGAUUGUAAAUUAUCUGAUGCGUGACCCAAUGUGUUCAAAUGGGCAGGAAGUGGAAUCUCUUUCACUAUCGCAGUAAAAAAGAUUUAGUGAGACUUUUAUCGUUUUAAAAAGAAUUAAAAAUGAAGAACCCAAGGAAAACUCCGUAUAAGGUCGAAGUGAUUUACAAGACAUGCUUGGAACAAACUUAGAUCCAAGGAGAGACACCCGUCUUUAACCAGUGCUGUACAAUAAGCCUUACCAAGAUGAAAACAUGAGCCAGUGAAGCGAUAUAACUGAUGAACUGAUAAGAAAACUCAUAUGCGAAAAUUUCCUUUCACUGAUCCACCAUUUGACACAUUUGGCCACUUCGGCACGGUGCUAUUAGGGAAAAUUUCUGCCAGGGCAAUGCCAAGGUUGGUAUUUAACACGGGUACUGGCCAGUUCCACUGAGUGACUCCUGAAACACUACUUGAUUUUACAUAUCUUGCUAUUCAAAUAUGAUUGUACAGAUUUAAAUGCGGUUAAUUAAGAUUCUGUAAAUAUUUUGUAAACUAUUAUCAAAUGAGAAUGUAGAUGUAUAAAUGUGUCCAUUGAAAAUCUUCCACGUUUGGGUUGAAGUAUUAUAAUCAUUUCGCAAUUAAUUAAGAUCGUUAAUUGAGGCGGUUGAUUAGUUUGAUCUUUACUGAGAUUGCAAAAAUUAUAUUUCCCAAUGAUCUUUGGAAGAUUUCAGUUCUUGUAUUAAUCAAAUUGAAAUAUAAUUUUAAAUUAUUUAAAGCGUAAUGCAGUGUGUAUCUGUUUAAACUGUAAUGCUGAGAGAGUGCGCUUCCAUGGAUUUAAUUGGAUGCAAUUACGCAUCUUCUUAAUAUAUUUAUACAAAGUGUAUUUUCCCACGGAGAUCAAAAUCAAAAACUCUCAAUUCGAAAAGAAUGGAAAAAUCCACAAAAACGUUCGAAGCAAUUCUUGAUCAGGUUUAAAUUUCGGCGAAAUCUUCAGAAAUGGACGAAUAGGUAUUUCUGCUACAGCUAGAUUAUUUGCAUGUGUUUCGAAAGGUGUCAAAAUUGAGGUAUGAGAGAGAGAGGGAAUAAUAAAACAGAAAUGUUUUUCUAAGUGUAAAA